CCGGCCGGCCCCGGCCCCCGCCCCGCCUCUGUCCCGCUGGGCGCCGCAGCAAUGACUGAUCCCUUCUGUGUUGGAGGCAGCCGCCGGCUCCCAGGGUCCAGCAAGAGUGGGCCUGGGAAGGAUGGCAGCCGGAAUGAGGUCCGACUUCCUGUGCGACACGAACCACCAAAACUGGGGUUGCCCAUGGCCCGGGGUGGGCAGACGGUGCCCGGCCAGGCCCCACUCUGCUUUGACCCAGGAAGUCCAGCCAGCGACAGGACAGAAGGGAAGAAAAAGGGGCGUCCGAAAGCGGAGAACCAGGCCCUCCGAGACAUUCCCCUCUCGCUGAUGAACCAGUGGAAAGAUGAAUUCAAGGUGCACUCACGGGUCAAGUGUCCCAACUCAGGGUGCUGGCUGGAGUUCCCCAGCAUCUACGGGCUCAAGUACCAUUACCAGCGGUGCCAAGGGGGCGCGACCUCAGAAAGGCUGGCCUUCCCCUGCCCCUUCUGUGAGGCCGCCUUCACCUCCAAGACCCAGCUGGAGAAGCACCGGAUCUGGAACCACAUGGACCGACCCCUGCCUGCCCCCAAGCCUGGGCCAGUCAGCCGGCCGGUCUCCAUCAGCCGGCCCGUUGGGGUCAGCAAGCCCAUUGGAGUGAGCAAGCCUGUCACUAUUGGCAAACCUGUGGGUGUCAGCAAACCCAUCGGUAUCAGCAAGCCAGUGACGGUCAGCAGGCCUGUGCCAGUCACUAAGUCAGUGACGGUCAGCAGGCCUGUGCCGGUCACCAAGCCAGUGACGGUCAGCAGGCCUGUGCCGGUCACCAAGCCAGUGACAAUCAGCAGGCCUGUGCCGGUCACCAAACCAGUGACGGUCAGCAGGCCUGUGCCGAUCACCAAGCCCAUACCGGUCACCAAGUCUGUGCCGGUCACCAAGUCUGUGCCGGUCACCAAACCAGUGACUGCCAGCAAGCCAGUGCCAGUCACCAAACCUGUGCCAGUCACCAAACCGGUGCCGAUGACAAAACUUGUGACGGUCACGAAACCUGUGCCAGUCACAAAGCCAGUGACGGUCAGCAGGCCCAUUGUGGUCAGUAAGCUCGUGACGGUCAGCAGGCCCAUCGCCAUCAGCAGACACACCCCGUCCUGCAAAAUGGUGCUGCUGACCAAGUCUGAGAACAGAACUUCUCGUGUUGCGGGGAGGGCCAGUGGAAAGAAAAGGAUUGCGGACGGCCUGGACUCCUGCCCUCUCCCUCCCAAGCAGGCGAGGUCAGAGAACGGCGAGUGCGGCCCGUCCACCACGGGCCAGGGCUCAGCCUUCCAGCCCAGCACAGAGGCCAGCAGCGGCCCCCUUUCUCUGGGAGGCAGGCCCUCAGGGGGCAAGGAGGCGCCCAGGGCCACGGGCCCCGUGUCCCCACCUGACGAGGGAGCCGAGCGCACGAAGCACAGAAGGAAACAGAAAACACCCAAGAAGUUUACAGGGGAGCAGCCAUCGAUCUCAGGAACCUUCGGACUCAAAGGCCUGGCCAAGGCAGAAGACAAAUCCCGAGGCUACCGUGCCAAGAAGCAGGAAGGGCCAAGCCCCGAGGACGUCCGGAAGAAGGUGCCGGCCCCUGCCAGCACUGUCAGCAAGGAGGGGCCGGCCCCUGUGGCCCACCCAGCCCCAGGUGGCCCUGAGGAGCAGUGGCAGCGGGCCAUCCACGAGCGGGGGGAGGCUGUCUGCCCCACGUGCAACGUGGUCACCCGAAAGACCCUCGUGGGGCUCAAGAAGCACAUGGAGGUGUGUCAGAAGCUGCAGGAUGCCCUCAAGUGCCGGCACUGCCGGAAGCAGUUCAAGUCCAAGGCUGGCCUCAACUACCACACCAUGGCCGAGCACAGCACCAAGCCUUCAGACACCGAGGCUUCCGAGGGGAGUGAGCAGGAGGAGCGUGAGCGGCUGCGCAAAGUGCUGAAGCAGAUGGGGAGGCUGCGCUGCCCCCAGGAGGGCUGUGGCGCGGCCUUCUCCAGCCUCAUGGGCUACCAGUACCACCAGCGGCGCUGCGGGAAGCCGCCCUGUGAGCUGGACAGCCCCUCCUUCCCCUGCGCCCACUGCGGCAAGACCUACCGCUCCAAGGCCGGCCACGACUACCACAUGCGCUCGGAGCACACCGCCCCGCCGCCCGAGGAGCCCCAGGACAAGUCCCCUGAGGCCGAGGACCUGUUGGGUGUUGAGCGGACCCCCAGUGGCCGCAUCCGCCGCACGUCGGCCCAGGUCGCUGUGUUCCACCUGCAGGAGAUUGCGGAGGACGAGCUGGCCCGAGACUGGACCAAGCGGCGGAUGAAAGACGACCUGGUGCCCGAGACGGCGCGGCUCAACUACACUCGGCCAGGCCUCCCCACGCUCAACCCCCAGCUGCUGGAGGCAUGGAAGAACGAAGUCAAGGAGAAGGGCCACGUCAACUGUCCUAAUGAUUGCUGCGAAGCCAUCUACUCCAGUGUGUCCGGCCUCAAGGCCCAUCUCGCCAGCUGCAGCAAGGGAGACCACCUGGUGGGGAAGUAUUGCUGUCUGCUGUGUCCAAAGGAGUUCAGCUCUGAGAGUGGCGUCAAGUACCACAUCCUCAAGGCCCAUGCAGAGAACUGGUUCCGCACCACAGCAGACUCGCCUCCCAAGCGCAGGAGCCCAGACUCAUUGGCGCCCAAGAAGGAGGACAACAGUCUGGCCGGCGGGAAGAAGCGGGGCAGAAAGCCCAAGGAGCGGCCCCCCGAGGAGCCCGCACCCAAGAUGCCCCCUCCCCAGGAGGACUGGUCCCCAGGAGGCAGAGACAGGGGGGCCCGGGGCUUCACUGGCCGGAAGGUGGGAGCCGGCAAGGUGCCCGAGAAGUGAGCGUGGUGGCUGGCAGGUGCGUGGGGCCCAGCCCCCACGCUGGCCCAGCCCUCUGUCCAGGGUGGGGCGCUAGUUCUGGGACAUCCUGCCCUCCAGUUGCCCACCCCCAUCCCUGCCUACCCCUCUGCCCAGUGGGGGCAGGCCGCCCUGCUUUCUCCUGAAGGUGGCCCUGCCCUGUGCAGGCUGCCGCAGGCACAUCUGGGCUGGGCUCCCUGGGAAGGGCCAGGGGCGGCACAGAAGGGCAAUAGCCUGAGGGAUGUUCACAAGCCUGGCAGAGUCUGGGGCCCUGGAAGGGCAGAGGGAGGGUCUGCAGCCUGGGCCUCGGUGCCGUGGGGGGAUGCCGAGUGGCCAGGUUUUUGGCCCUAGCCACGAAAGCUGUGUGCCCCAUCUGCUUCCUCAGGCCCAAGGCUUGGGGGUCCCUGGUUCUGGGCUGAUGAGGGUACCUGAGCAGCCUUGCCUCCGUACCCAACACUGGAACCCCAGCACCCCCAGCUACCUCCCUGGACAGACCCUGAGUCUGACCGCUGCCGUGCUGACCUGACAGUCCAUACCACCCCACCCCCCAGCCCCGUUCCUCUGCUUCUGUUCUCUACCUCUCCAGGCCCGUCCUCCCCGCCUGUGUGACCCCUGCUGUGCUUGGGCCCACGACCCACUGGCUUGUGUCCACCCUGGUGGCGGAAGUGGCCCGCUGACGGGCUCUGCCAUCCCCAGUGGUGCUCCCUGCUUGGGGCAAGGCCCUGGUUUUCCGCUGCAGGGAUGCCGGAGCUGGGCACGCAGAGCAUGCUCCGGCGUGGCCGACACCGCUGGCCGGGCUGGGGUGGCCUGAUAGGUUCAGGAUGGUCCAGUUUGGCCCUGGGGCCAUGGGCGUGUGGGCAGGGAACUGGGCCCAGCUCUGAGGAGUGACCACUGUUCUGUCUGCUGGUCUGGCCUGGCCUGUGGCCAGGCUCCUGUGGGAGCCGCUACCCUUUUUUUUCACUUGCCCCUUUGUUUCUGGUCGUGUGGUCUUUUGAUAUGAGAGCUAAAAGCCUGGGAGGGGCUUGACCGAGGUCACAGUGGGGUGAUGGGAGCUCGGGGCUGCCUUGGCUCCCUGUGGGGCACUGAGGAUGGCUGGGUCUGCAGGUUGGGCAGGGUUCGGGCUGGAGUGCUGGCCGCCUCCUCGGGCUCUGCCUUCCAGCAGUGGCACUGCCUGGGGAGGGGACUCUCAGAGUCGCAGGGUUUUGAUGGAGGCUGU